UUUGUAAAAUAAGUGUGAUGUUGAUAUAAAAUACAGGGCAUGACAUUCGCUCUCGAUAGUAGUAGUCUUGUUAUCAUCAGGCUAGAUAAUACAUAUCCAGAUGUCGCGUUAAAGGGAGAUAUUAUAUUGUGACGGCACAUCCAAAUCCGAAAUAGCGUAGGGCUAUGUCAGGUCAAAUAUAUUUCGUAUUAUGUCUGCUAAAUACCGUAACAGGUCUUUUCCUGGACCAGAUGUUGACAGACUGUCAUGGAUUGCCAUUUGCCUGUAUGCUUAAGCAACAGAAAUCCAGCCAAUCACAAACCUUAUACAAUAACCUGCAUCAGAAGGCAGAUACAAAUACUUUGACAUCUACAUUAUAUAAACAGCAACAAAGUAUCGACAGCAAUGGAGGUUAUAAUCCAUCAAAUAUGGCUACCAUCGUUAAACAAAAUACCGAAUCUAACAGUGGAAAUAUUGGGACGAUUAUGGGGAAUUCUGAACUACUGAAUUUCAUGAACACAGAAAAUUCGGGGCAGUCGAGUUCUUUGAUUGGACAAGAAGGGUCAUCGCAGGGAAGAAUUUCAAAUACCAACAUGCAAAAUGGCGGCACGCCUCUUUCUGGGAUCAUACUUGGUAGUAUUUCAAACGGACAGAACAGUAUUUCAAAAUCAAAACAAGGCAAUGGAAUGACAAACAUGUAUUCUGGUAGUGGAGCACCGAAUUCUAUGAACUUGAUGACUAAUCCAUUUUCUAAAAGUAUGCCAAAUACGAUUGGAAAUGGCGGAAUGCAAGGAAGUAUACAGAGUGGCAGAGGACCCAAAAAUGCAAAAGAGUCAGUCAACCAAGUUCAAGAAUCUGAUAAAGGCAACCAAGAUAAUUUAAAGAAUAUAUUACUUCAGGUGGUAGGAAAUACGUGUGGCCUGGACUGGCUAAACUGUCCAAAGAAUUGUUUUUCGGUGGACAAGAACACCGGAUGUCCAUCUUGUUCUUGUAAAAAACCACCAUCGUCUAAUUCAAAAGACAGCCUACUUCAACAAGGACAGAGGAAAUGUUUGUCACUGCCACCAAACUGCCCUAAAUCCUGCGUGAUGUUUGAUGAUAUUGGCUGUACAGUCUGCACUUGUGAAAUCUCGUCCUUAUCAAAAGACACUUCUAUGUAUACAGCCAAUCAGAAAGAAGGCUCAAGUGCACAGGGGUCAUCCUGGUACGACAAGAUGUGGAGUUCAUCAAAAUGAAAUAAAUGCUGACAGGGAAUUUAUAUUGUGCUUAGUUUGUUUUUUAAACUAAAAAGAAAUGUUCUAAUCUCUUAAAGUCUUUUUUUACACACCAACAAGAAGUCAUCAAACUUUUUUCAAAAUUCUGUUGAUUUUGUACUGAAGUACCUUAGAUGAACCUAAUGCAGCGACUCUUUUCAGCACAAGCGUUCAUUUUUACCGGAC